CUUAUUGGAAAAUUUACGCACACUUCAAUUCGGCUGCAAUUAGAUUAAAGUGACGGUUUUUUUUGUCCGCCUUGGCUGUGUUAUUGCAAUUUAAUCGGUUGCAAGCGAGGAUUUCAUUUCAACGAAUUGUGCCGGAAAAUCGAAUAAAAACACCGGGCGUUUUACGCAUAUAACCAGCAGGCAAAUUGUGGGAGUGGUAACGACAACGGGGCGGUGGUCGACGGCGCGCAUUCUUCUUAUUGGGUCUUGAGGUGUGGUGAAUGUGGUGGCGCUGGUUCUGGCUGUGUCUCAAAAUGAUCUAUAAGCUGCUCUGCUGCUCGAUGAGCCUCAUCUUCUUCUGCUUCAAUGUGUUCUGGUUCUUCUGUAACCUUGCCAUACCUUGGGGCACACUGACGCUGAUCAUCAUUUGUGUGGCAUCGAAAUUCGUCAAGCUUCAACGCAGCCCCAACGAGAAGCGUUUGCUCAGUCUGCUUAACACACCAGACGAUUGGCCCAAUUAUUGGCCCAUCGCUAAUCGUGGUGCCGGCUACGAUGCGCCCGAGAACUCCAAGGCAGCUGUGAAAAAGUGUCUCGCACGUGGCUAUCGUAAUGUGCUCCUGGAUGCCGGCAUUACGUCCUGCAAUGAGAUUGUUAUAGCUAAUCGGCUGACUGUGGAGCGUGCCUCUUUAACUGGCAACCUGUCGCAUCACACGCUGCACGAGCUGCAGCAGCUGAACAUCACGGAUCACCAUCCCAUGGGUUCGCAAUUCGAAGCUGAAUCCGUGUGCACGAUCAAGCAACUUGCCGAUUUUCUGGAGGAGCAAAGCACUGCGCCCACUCUCUUCCUGCAUUUGCAGGAUACCAGCGCCCUCAUGAUCGAUCAGCUGCAGAAAUUCAUGCAUGCCCAUGAAACAUUCACGCAGCGGACCAUUGUCAUUAGUCGCUCGCCACUGGCCAUUUAUCAGUUGCGCAAACUGAGACCCGAAAUAAUCUGUGGCCUGUGGCAUGAGAGUUAUCUAUCGCUGUCCAUACUAAAGUCCUCGACACUUAUUACCUCAAUUUAUGGUGCAAUUCUACGCAACAUUAUUGCUCCUGUAAUCGGCAUUAGUGUUGUCUUCCUAAACAAGGAGGAUUUUAAUUUACACAUCGGCGAUCUGUGGCGCAAUGUGGGCGUACGUCCAAUUGUUUACAUGGUGAAUUCGCCGAACGAGAAACGCUAUUUUCAAAAAACAAUGAAAACGCAAUACCUUACGGACUCAUUGCGUUCCGAGCCGCAUCUCUUAAUGAAAGCCUAAAAACACGAACACACACAACAGCAACAAAAAUCGUGCGCGCACACAAAUCAUUUGCAUUUACAAUUUAUUUAGGUAGCUUUCAUGCACAAUCUAUUUGAUUUAAUUUAUUUGCUUCUGCUGCACAUUUGAUAUGUGUUCUAUACUAAUAUAAACUUUCGAGGAAGCUUAUGAAAUAGUAUUACCCAAUGACGAUCCAGUGAAACUACUCGUAUAAUUUUCACUUAAGAUUAUUGUGCUUUAUAUUUGACGUAGAUGCUAUUUAUUUAUUAUUACUAUAAGAGGAGCUGGUGCUGGAAUCCUCAAACGUCCUUAAUCAUGUUUAUAUGCAGAAUUUUUGUUUAUUUUGUUGUUAAUUAUAUGUAUGUUUUCCCAUUUUAUAUUUAACAACAUCAGAUGCUUUCACAAACCGGCACAAAAUACAUGAAAAAUGCUGCCACGAAAUGUUCUCAAAAA